GGUUAUGCCGAAGUUGUAGUACUCUGCUGCUGCGGAAUCUGCGAUUAGCUAAGCGUUAUUUGUAUUUUGUUAUUACCGAUUAACGAAAUCGUCCGCAUUUUCUGCAAAUUACUAUACUAAUAACAAUAUCAAUAGACAGAGCCACAUUCUUUGUCUCUGCUGUCUGUUCGAUUUGCCAGUAUUUGGUUCUCUUCUUCUUCUUCCACUAGUUUGAAAGUUAAAAUAACUUAUGGAGAUUACCCUGUGAUUCUGCGGCCUCUGGAUUUUGGAGAUUCGAGGUCUCUCGCCUCCUUUUAAAGCGAUUGUGCCGUUGCUUUUGUGUGUGUUAGCCAUCUCCCUUGCGACAGUUCUUCUCUCUGUUUUUUUCACUGCUGAAUUGGGAUAUCCAUCAUCGACAAUAUGAGCAGCUUUUCUUCUGGCGAUGCUCGUCCCGACCUCCAAGACUUGGAGGCCGGCCCUUCUAAGGACAAUGAUGACCUUAACACUAACCUUGAUCCUGAUGUUGACUCCUCCGACCCCUUCGACAUUGAUCACACCAAGAAUGUUCCUCCCCAGGCCCUCAAGCGCUGGAGGCAAGCAGCACUUGUGCUAAAUGCUUCUCGCCGAUUUCGGUAUACUCUGGACUUGAGAAAGCAAGAGGAAAAAGACCAAAGAAAGAGAAUGAUCAGAGCUCAUGCACAAGUCAUAAGAGCAGCAUUGCUUUUCAAAUUGGCUGGGGAAAAGCAAAUCGUGUCAGGUACACCAAUUGCACCACCAGAUUCUGUCGGUGAUUAUAAAAUUGGACUAGAACAACUUGCUUCAAUGACCCGGGAUCAUAAGUUAUCUUCUCUUGAGCAAUAUGGUGGGGUUACGGGGUUGUCUGGUAUGUUGAGAACAAAUUUAGAGACAGGAAUAAAGGGGGAUGAUAUUGAUUUGUCAAACCGGAAGAACGCAUUUGGAUCAAACACAUAUCCACGGAAAAAGGGGCGUAGUUUCUGGAGGUUCCUUUGGGAGGCAUGGCAAGAUUUAACCCUUAUCAUAUUGAUUGUAGCUGCAUCUGUGUCAUUGGUGUUGGGAAUAAAGACAGAGGGUUUGGAAGAAGGAUGGUACGACGGGGGUAGCAUUUUUUUAGCUGUUUUUCUUGUUAUAGUUGUUACAGCUACUAGUGAUUAUCGUCAGUCUCUUCAGUUUCAAAAUCUAAAUGAGGAAAAGAGAAAUAUCCAAUUAGAGGUCAUGAGAGGUGGUAGAACUGUGAAGAUUUCGAUAUAUGAUGUUGUUGUUGGCGAUGUUGUGCCUUUGAAAAUAGGUGACCAGGUCCCGGCUGAUGGAGUCUUAAUUUCUGGCCAUUCUCUAGCAGUUGAUGAGUCUAGCAUGACUGGCGAAAGCAAGAUUGUUCACAAGGAUAAAAAAGAACCAUUUUUGAUGUCUGGCUGCAAAGUAGCAGAUGGUGUUGGUACCAUGCUGGUGACUGGUGUUGGAAUCAAUACUGAGUGGGGAUUGUUAAUGGCAAGUAUCUCAGAGGAUACUGGUGAAGAGACCCCCUUGCAGGUACGCCUGAAUGGAGUUGCUACUUUUAUAGGCAUCGUUGGGCUUUCUGUAGCUGUUGCUGUGCUUCUUGUUCUUUUGAUCAGAUAUUUCACUGGACAUACAACAGAUCCAGAUGGAACUACACAAUUCGUCAAAGGGCGCACUAAAUUUGAUGAGGCAUUUAAUGACGUUGUUAUAAUUUUUACAAUUGCAGUUACAAUUGUUGUUGUUGCUGUGCCUGAAGGGCUUCCUUUGGCUGUUACAUUGACUUUGGCUUACUCAAUGCGAAAGAUGAUGGCAGAUAAAGCUUUGGUGCGUCGGCUUUCAGCAUGUGAAACUAUGGGCUCCGCAACAACAAUUUGCAGUGAUAAGACUGGAACAUUGACUUUGAAUGAGAUGACGGUUGUUGAAGCUGUAGCUGGGAAAAAGAAGGUAAAUCCACCUGCUGAUUCUUCCCAGUUGCCUGUAUCAGUUGUAUCUCUGUUGAGCGAAGGAGUUGCACAGAAUAGCACUGGGAACAUAUUUGUGCCUAAGGAUGGUGGUAAGAUUGAGAUUUCUGGAUCUCCCACAGAAAAGGCUAUACUUUCUUGGGCAGUAAAGCUAGGAAUGAAAUUCGAUACUGUCAGAUCAGAAUCCAAAAUCCUUCAUGUUUUUCCUUUCAACUCAGUGAAAAAGCGAGGAGGUGUUGCAUUACAACAGGCUGAUUCUGAAGUCCAUAUACAUUGGAAGGGAGCAGCUGAGAUAGUUUUAGCCUCUUGUUCCGAAUACUUUGAUUCAAAUGGUUGCCUUCAAUCCAUCAGCGAUGACAAGGAAUUUUUUAAGGCUGCUAUUGAUGAAAUGGCUGCGAAUAGCUUGCGUUGUGUAGCCCUUGCAUACAGAUUAUGUGAAAAAGAAAAGGUUCCUACUGAUGAAGAGGGCUUUAAUGGAUGGAUCUUACCUGAAGAUAACCUUGUUUUGCUUGCUAUUGUGGGUAUAAAGGAUCCUUGUCGUCCAGGUGUCAAAGACGCGGUGAAAAUAUGCUUGGAUGCUGGUGUAAAGGUACGUAUGGUCACUGGAGACAAUAUCCAAACAGCAAGAGCAAUAGCUUUAGAGUGCGGGAUACUCAGUUCUGCUGAAAAUGCUAUUGAGCCUACCAUCAUUGAAGGAACGGUGUUCCGUAACUUAUCUGAUAAAGAAAGAGAACAAGUUGCCACGAAAAUAACGGUGAUGGGGAGAUCUUCUCCAAGUGACAAGCUUUUGCUUGUUCAAGCCUUACGUAAGGGCGGGGAUGUUGUGGCUGUGACUGGAGAUGGUACUAAUGAUGCUCCUGCACUUCACGAGGCAGAUAUAGGUCUGUCUAUGGGUAUUCAAGGGACUGAAGUUGCAAAAGAAAGUUCAGAUGUCAUUAUAUUGGAUGAUAAUUUUUCUUCAGUUGUGAAGGUUGUUCGCUGGGGUCGUUCUGUCUAUGCCAAUAUUCAGAAGUUUAUACAAUUCCAGCUUACAGUUAAUGUUGCAGCUCUUGUAAUCAAUGUUGUGGCAGCGAUAUCCUCCGGUGAUGUUCCUUUAAAUUCAGUGCAGUUAUUAUGGGUUAACCUGAUCAUGGAUACUCUUGGAGCACUUGCAUUGGCUACUGAACCACCAACUGACAAUCUUAUGCAUAGGUCACCAGUUGGCCGAAGGGAACCUCUAAUUACAAACAUCAUGUGGAGAAACUUACUCAUACAGGCUUCAUAUCAAGUUACUGUCCUCCUCAUGCUCAACUUUGAAGGCAUGACAAUUCUUCAUUUGAAGGAUGACCCUGACAGGACACAUGCUUAUGAAGUGAAGAAUACUUUGAUAUUCAACGCAUUUGUCAUGUGUCAAAUAUUCAAUGAGUUUAAUGCUAGAAAGCCGGAAGAACUUAACUGCUUCAAAGGAGUGACUAAAAACUACCUCUUUAUGGGGAUCGUUGGAUUUACAUUGAUUCUUCAGGUAAUCAUUAUCGAGUUCCUUGGAAAGUUUACCAGCACGGUCAGACUUGAUUGGCAGCUAUGGCUUGUGUCUAUUGGCAUUGGUAUCAUCAGUUGGCCUCUGGCGGUUGUCGGAAAGCUGAUUCCGGUCCCCAACACUCCGGUCGCUAAGUACUUCACCAAGCCAUUUCGACGAAACACAUCAUCUCGGAAUGCAUGAACUAUUUGGUAUGAUAGUUUCUGUUAAUUCAUUCUCUGCAAGAGAAAUAAAAGUAGAAUUAGCAAUUAGACUUGUAAUAAAGCUUUUGCUUUUGCUUUUGCUUUUGCAAUUUGCAAGUAAGAUUAGGGUUGUGAAGGCCCCGAGGCGGUGCCAACAAAUUAUUGAA